AUGACUUUUUCCUUGAUGAUGAAGUCAGAAGUUCAGUUCAUGAAUGUUUACGAAAAUUCUUUAGACAAUGAAUUGUUUAGGAACCCUCCUUACCCGUUAGCAAUGAAAAUUGAAGAAUUAAUUUUGCCACCCAAAAAUUCACGAAAAGCAACCAAAAACAGGAAAAAACCGUAUUCAACGCCACCACCAAGACCCCAGAACUCUUGGGUUCUAUUUCGUAGAAAUUUUACUGAAUUACACAAAAAAUCAAAAGGAACGAAAAUUACAAACAGUGAAAUUUCCCGUUUAGCCGCCGAAGAAUGGCGUAAUCAACCUGGAAAAGUUCGUCAAUUUUUUGAAAUUCUUGAAACCUUUGCGAAGGAAAAACAUAAGGAGGCUUAUCCUGGUUAUCAAUUUCGGCCUAAAAAAAAAGAAAAGCCGAAAUCGAAAAAAAUACAUCAUAAUAAAUGUGAUAUUAUUCAAUUCCAAAUUUCUCAAAGUCACAAUGAAGUGACGAAACCAGAAGAAACGUCGAUAAAUUGCGCUGAUAAUUUUUCAGAAUAUUUUAACACUCUAGAAGCUUCCGAAAAUAUCGAUUUUAAUUUCCCAUAUAAUAACGAUUUCCAUAUUUAUAAUGAUUUCUAUUUUUAUACGCCAAAUUUUAAUGAUCAUUUUAAUGAUCUUGAAAUGUUAAAUAAUUCGUUUUUUCAACAAACUCCUGAUCAGACAUCUGAUCAAGAUUACGUUAAUUUCUCCGAUUACAUAAUAGAUCCCGAUUUCCUUACAUAG